CGAAUCGUAAGUUUAAAUGAAAACUGGGCAGCAAGAUAUUCCAAAACAUCGAAUCAGAUCGGGCAUCUUAACUCUACUCAAAAACCAGACCAAAACGGAAGUCUGGUCUCAUAAAAUCAAGUACACCAGAUCAAAACGGAGAAAAUCCAAGCCCUUAAAUAAUAAAAAAAAAAACGGAGAAAACAUUUAAAACUAUUAAUACUAUUAUUCUGUGCCAUUCUGUAAUCUGUGACUGUGGUUCUGUGGUGCAUUGUUUUAUUUCAGUCUGUUGGUUUUAUUUAGCGUUGCCGUGGUACUUAUUUCUAAAAUGAAGUCCAAAAAACGCCAUCAAACUUCUUCGGAGGAAUCUGAGCAAUCGGACGACAGUGCAAAAUCAAGCAGUUCUUCUGAUAGUGAAACUGAAGAAUCAUCUGCGUCGGAGCACCGGUACAAGAAAAAAAGAAAACGUGCUGGUUCAUCAGAUUCGGAAAGCGAUAGUGAAGAUCAUAAACGUUCGAAGAAACGUAAGCAUAAGAAAAAGAAGAAGAAGCAUGAAAAGAAGAAGCGACGAGCAAAUUCGGAAGAAGUUAGUGCUUCAGCUGAGGAAGUGUCUUCUGUCAGUGAAGGUGAAAUUUCACCAAAAAAGAAACGCAAGCAUAAACACAAACAUAGCAAACGUGCUCAUAAUUCGUCAGAAAGUGAAAUAGAAGAAGUUCAUGUGGAGAGGCGUCUUCAUAGUGUGGUGAAAGAGCGUAGAGCUGCUUCUGAGGAUAGUCAGCCAUCAAGAACUUACUAUCAAAAGGAGUAUCGUCAUUCAGCUUCUGAUGAAGAGUAUGAGAGAGAAAGGGAGGUGCAGAGAUUUUACCGUGGUUCUAGUAAGGAACGCAAACAUCAAUAUCAGGAGCAGUAUUAUGACAGAGACAGGAAUAAUAGAUUUGGAUCAUAUCAUCCUGAUAAAAAUAAAGACAAAUAUGGCAAUUUCUCCCAUUACAAUGAUACAAACCAAGAUUUCUCUAGAAGACAACAGGAAAUGGAUGAAUACAAAAGGCAACACAGAUAUGAAGAGCACAGACCUCAAGGUGAAUAUAGGAAGAAACCAAAAGAAGAUGCUUACCAUCCUCAACGUGAUGAUACCAGAGGAUACCAACGAUAUAACCAGUAUGAAGACAGAGGACCUAAACGUCGUGAUUAUGAUGAUGGAAGGGAUUAUCGAGAAAGGCGUCCAGAAGGAGAACAGUACCGGGAACGAGACUAUCCAGACAAAAGAGACAAGUACCGGGAGGAGGCUUAUGCUGCAGACAGGCAGCGGGAAGCUGCUCGUCGCGAGCGUCCUGGCAGAUCAGAUAAGCCAUCGUCAACGCACGAUAGGGUUGCGUCUCGGUCUAGAAGUCCUGAUGGGCGUUAUCGGGAUCGUCCACCGGCGCGUGUAGACAGAGGAAAUGAUAGAAGUGGGGUAGAGAAGAAUGCAGCCAGGGGUAUGAAUAGGGGAGGAGACAGGGGACCGGACAGGGGAGAUAGGGGUCCGGAUAGGGGAGAUAGGGGCCCGGAUAGGGGAGGGGAUCGACCUCGCCCGUCCGCUAGGUCGAACGAUAAGCCACGUGAAAGGAAAACUAGAUUUGGUGAAGCAGAUGACAAAGAAUAUACCUGGGGCAAAACAGAAGUGAAGAAAGAAGGUGAUAAAAACCCAGGUGAUAAAGAAAAACCAAACUUUGGACUGUCAGGAAAGUUGACUGCUGACCAAAACACUGUCAAUGGUGUGGUCAUCAAGUACACGGAACCCGAUGACGCUAAACAACCUAAAAGACGAUGGAGGUUCUACCCGUUCAAAGGCGAUAAGGCGUUGCCUAUCCUCUACAUUCACCGUCAAUCGGCAUUCCUAAUCGGGCGGGAUAAAAAAGUUGUAGACAUCGCGUUGGAACACCCGUCUAUCAGUAAACAGCACGCGGCGUUGCAGUUCCGCGCUACUCCGUUCACUAGACCCGAUGGAUCGCAGGGGAGGAGAGUGCGGCCAUACGUCAUCGAUCUGGAUUCCGCGAACGGCACCUUCGUGAACAACAAAAAGAUAGAUGGUCGCCGUUAUGUGGAGUUAUUAGAGCGCGACGUAGUAAAGUUCGGGUUCUCGCAACGUGAAUACGUUCUUUUACACGAGAACAGUAAGGAUGACGCCCAAGACGACGAUAACGAUGCCCCGCCGGUCACUACCACAGACCAGAUCAAGCAGGAGAAACGAGUCAAACAGGAAUUGGUGGAAGACGGCGAUUAACUAGAAAGAUAAAAUCAAAUUUUAAAGGAUAACAAGAAGGACUUCCUUGAGUUUAGCCUGACGUAAUAUCAUCUUAAUCUCUCAUAAUAUACUGUAGAACGCCGAUUAUCCAAAUUAACCGACCGGAGUCGAUUCGGAUAAUCAAAAAUGCGGAUAAUUAAUCGGACAUGGACUGGUAAUAAAGAAAAACGAACUGUCACACAUAGAAUAAACUUCAUUAAGUUUAACAAAUACAGUUCUACAAUACUAGAUACAAUAACAGAGGUACAUAGUAGCAAAACAAAGACAAAAAUAAGAACCGUAAACCAUGUAGUGUCUUGCCUCUAGCUUUCAACCAUAACAGUUGAAAUAUAUCUGGACUCCAGCGAGUUCCAACUUGUCAGAACAAAAAAAAUUUAGUUUGUUUUAAUUUUUUGAUUCGGUUAAUCGGCGUUCGGAUAAUCGGCGUUCUAUUGUACCGCUUUCUCCAGACACAAAUUUAAUUUAUGGCGCGGAUCCGCGUUCCGUCACUCUAAACGCAAAAUGCCGGCACUUAGCUAUACGUGUUUACUAUUUAUAAACUUGAUAUCAGUCUGUCCUUUUCAUUCCUUAUAAAGCACGAUCAGAACAGACUGUUGGUCAGUUUACAAAUAGCAAAUACGAAUAGCCAAAUUGAGUGCUGGUAUGAGAUUCAGUCGGCACCCUUAAUUAAUAAAAUCUAUGUGUUAUAUAUGUUUAGAAAAAACAGUUUCUUUUUCUAGUGAUAUCAAAUGUCGAAGGCACAAGUAUGGGUUUAUGUUAGGUAAAAGAUGCAAUCGCAGAAGUUGAAAAAGAUAUUAAACUAUUAUGUAUAU